AUGGGAUCACUAGACGCAGAGAAAAGCGUCGAAAGUUCAACGAUUGCAUCGGAUGCAGUACCCCCUAAACAAUCUGCCUUCAAGGCUUACGUGAGAAUCUUUAGUUACGGCGAGACAAUCGACUAUGUACUUGGGACUAUCGCUCUACUCGCUGCCAUCGGCUCGGGCGUUGCUUUGGCCAUGGUGAAUCUCGUCAUAGGCGACUUUAUGACGAUACUCAGUCGCUCUACUAUCGGGCCAAACCUCCCGGACAACUUCAUGUCCAAAGUGAGCAAGUUCUCAUUGUACUUCGUUUAUAUCGGCAUCGCUAGAUUCGGUUGCACAUACCUAUAUGCCUCCCUAUCCACCUAUGUCGGGCACAAGCUCGUCCGCAACAUUCGAUACCAGUACCUCCGAUCCGCCCUGAGCCAAGAAACUGGGUAUUUUGAUCAAGGCAUCAGCGGGUCAAUUUCCAUGCAGGCUACAUCGAAUGGAAAGCUCAUCCACUCCGGUAUUUCCGAGAAGUUGGGUAUCCUGUUCCAGGCCGUUGCGACGUUCCUCGCAGCUUUCAUCAUAGCCUUCAUCAGCCAUUGGAAACUCACGUUGAUUAUCAUCUGCAUCAUCCCAGCCUUACUGCUAAUCGGAGGUGUUGCCUCUUUUAUCGACGCUGGUAUUGAGACCAAAAUACUCAAAACGUAUGCGCAGGCUGGGACGUAUGCGGAGAAUAUCCUCGGUGGUAUUCGAGCUGUUCACGCAUUCAAUCUUCGACCUCGGGUUGUUCAGAAGUGUACACAGUAUCUGAAUGAGGCACACAGUCUAGGGAUGAAGAAGAAUCACCUGUAUGGACUGAUGUUCGGCGGAGAGUUCUUUGUCAUGUACGCCGGCAUGGGAUUGGCGUUUUGGCAGGGUAUUCAACUGCUUGCUCGUGGUGACGUCCCCGACGUGGGGACCAUUUUCAAGGUGUUAUUUUCCGUCGUCAUCGCGGCGAGUACGAUCACUACCGUUGCCCCCCAUACAGUCACAUUUGGUCGUGCUGCCAGUGCCGCCGCAGAGAUAUUUGUCCUCAUUGACAGAGACUCGGAAAUCAACGCCCUCGACGAAUCUGGGGCCAGACCGACGGAUAUAUCAGGUGUCCUUGAGUUUAAGAGUGUGAGAUUCAGCUACCCCAGUCGGCCCAACGUCUGUGUGCUUGAUGACUUCUCUCUUCGCAUUCCAGCGGGAAAAGCCACCGCUCUUGUGGGCACCAGCGGCUCUGGAAAGAGCACGAUAGUUGGAUUGAUAGAACGCUGGUAUACUCCCGGCUCUGGUAACAUCACCCUGGAUGGGGCCGGGAUUGAAAGUUUUAGUUUGAAAUGGUUACGUACCAAUAUUCGACUGGUACAGCAGGAACCCGUUUUGUUUAAUGGCAGCGUGUUUGAGAAUAUUGCCAGCGGACUGGUAGGCACAGAGUGGGAAACUGUCCCCUAUGAGGUACAAAAACAGCGAGUGGAAGACGCAGCAAAGCUUGCCUUUGCACAUGAUUUUAUAUUAACGCUUCCGCACGGCUACGAUUCACAGGUUGGUCAGAAAGGGGGACUCUUAUCCGGCGGCCAGAAACAGCGGGUUGCCAUUGCACGCAGUGUUAUAUCCGAACCGAAAAUUCUUCUUCUCGAUGAAGCAACAAGUGCCUUGGAUCCGCAAGCUGAAGGUAUCGUGCAACAGGCGCUGGAUCGUGCUGCCACGAACCGUACGACAAUUGUUAUUGCUCAUAAGUUAGCGACUAUCCGCAAUGCUGACAAUAUUGUUGUCAUGUCGAAGGGGAGGAUCGUUGAGCAAGGCCAUCAUCAAGAGCUGGUCUCGCUGGGUGGCACCUAUGCAAAAUUGGUCAAGGCACAGGACCUCUCUGCUGCACAGCCUACUGGUCAUACAAAGGAAAUUAUCGAGAAAGAGUCGAUUGAUGAAAUCUUGGAGACUGUUCCUCCCCUACAAAAGUAUCGGACGACCGUGGCCCAGAAUUUAGUAGAGAUGCAGCAGCGGGAGGACUACACGCUUUACCAAAAGACAGGCCUUAUUCGCAGCAUCGCCAAGCUAGUCAUUGCGACCUCCGACUUGAAGCUCUGGUACCUGUUUACUCUCGUUUGCUCUGCCAUAUACCCCGGUCAAGCCCUGCUCUUGGCCAAUGUCAUGGAUAUCUUUACCUCCGAUGACAUCGUCGGUAGAGGUAACUUUAUUGCUCUCAUGUAUUUUGUCAUGUCGCUUGGUUGCGUCCUCAUCUACUACGGCCUCGGCUGGGCUACCAAUGUCAUCGCUCAGACCAUUAGCAGAACAUUCCGUCAUGACAUUCUGAAUUCAAUUCUUCGACAAGACCUCCGCUUCUUCGAUCGACGCGAGAGCACAAUCGGCUCACUGACCGAACGACUUGACUCCUACCCGCAGGCGAUCCUUGAGAUGAUGGGCUUCAAUGUCGGCUUAGUGGUAAUGUCAAUCGUGAAUGUACUAGCUUCGAGUAUCCUAGCCUUGGCAAUCUCGUGGAAACUAGGCGUUGUGGGCGUCUUUGCUGGCUUACCCCCUAUGAUCUUUUCCGGUUACGCACGUAUGCGCUUGGAAACGAAGAUGGAUACUGACAUAGGGAAGAGGUUCUCGCAGAGCGCUUCUAUCGCCUCGGAGGCAGUGCUUUCUAUUCGCACUAUCUCAUCUUUAGCGUUGGAAGGGCGCACUUUGGUCAAGUACACCGAUGAGUUGGAUUCGGCCAUUCGUACUACUACCCUUCCGCUUUUAGUCACGAUGAUAUGGUACGCGUUGACACAGUCCAUCGAGUACUUUAUUCUAGGCCUUGGGUUUUGGUGGGGAUCAAAGCUGAUCAACAAUGGCGAUAUCACUUUCUACCAGUUCAUCGUUUCUUUCAUGGGCGUCUACUUUUCAGGCCAGGGAGCGGGCCAACUCUUCAGUUUCUCAAGCAGCUUCACGAAAGCGAACUCAGCAGCAAACUACUACUUCUGGGUUACAGGCCUCGAGCCAAUGAUUCAAGAAACAGAUCAGAACCGGGAUAACCACCCUCCGAAUGAUUGCAACUCCGUUGAUAUGCAGGAUGUCCACUUCUCCUACCCGUUUGCACCAGAUACCCGAGUCCUGAAUGGUGUCUCACUAAGCAUCCAAAAAGGUCAGUUCGUCGCGUUCGUCGGCGCCUCGGGCUGCGGUAAAAGCACGAUGAUAUCCCUCCUUCAACGCUUCUACGACCCAACUCAAGGAACCAUCACAAUCGACUCCGCGCCUCUCCCUAACCUGAAUCCCCUCGCCUACAGAAACGAGAUCGCCCUAGUCCAGCAAGAACCCACUUUAUUUCCGGGAACUAUUCUGGAAAAUAUCUCCCACGGUCUGGAUCUAAAAGAUCUCCAACCCGCAGAAACAAACAUAAACGCAACCACAAGCUCGACCUCCCCUCUCCUCUCACAAAUUGAAACCGCCUGCCGCGCCGCCAACAUCUGGGACUUCAUCGCUUCUCUCCCAGACGGCCUAUCCACGCCCUGCGGCACAAGCGGAAGCCAACUCUCCGGCGGCCAACGCCAGCGGAUCGCAAUAGCGCGGGCCCUGAUCCGCAACCCGAAGAUCAUCUUGCUAGAUGAGGCAACGAGUGCAUUGGAUACGGAGUCUGAGCAGAUCGUCCAGGCGGCGUUGAUGAAUGCCGCGACGGAUGGGGAGAGGAUCACGAUUGCUGUUGCGCAUCGACUGUCGACUGUGCGAGAGGCGGAUUGUAUUUUUGUAUUUUUGGGAGGGAGGGUCGUGGAGAUGGGGAGGCAUCGGGAGUUGGUUGGCAAGGGGGGUGUUUAUGCGGGGAUGUGUGAGGCUCAGAGGCUGGAUAUGUAG